CAGGGGAGGGGGCCUGGGGGAUGCACUCAGCAUGUCCAGCCUGAGCCCCAGGCCCUGGGUGGCUGGUACAGAAGCAAAUUACACGGCUGGGGUUUUGGCUCUGACUUCAAGGGCCAGAGGCCCAGCCCCCUAUAGUCUGGCUAUAAAGGGCUGCCCGGGGUCUCUGUCCAGACCAGACACUGCUUCUGACUCGUGGACACCAUGGCUACCACCACCAGCAUCCGCCAGUUCUCAACCUCCAGCCCGUAUAUGCCCAGCGGGGGUUUCUCUCGGGCGUCCACGGUCCGUGUCGGGGGCUCCUGCCGAGCCCCCAGCCUCCUGGGAGCCGGCAGCUGUGGCAACAUGUCAGUCACCUCGUCCCGCUUCUCAGCGGGCUUGGGGGGCGGCUACAGUGGGGGCUAUACCUGCAACCUGGGUGGGGGCUUCGGCUCCAGUUUUGGUGUGUCGGAUGCCCUGCUGGGGGGUGGUGAAAAGGAGACUAUGCAGAACCUCAACGACCGCCUGGCCUCCUACCUGGAGAAGGUGCGUGCCCUGGAGACGGCCAAUGCUGACCUGGAGGUGAAAAUCCACGACUGGUAUAAGAAGCAGGGGCCUGAGCCCACCCGUGACUACAGCCAGUAUUUCAAGACCAUCGAGGAGCUGAGGAAUAAGAUCUUGGCGGCCACCAUCGACAACGCCGGCUUGGUGCUGCAGAUCGACAAUGCCCGCCUGGCAGCCGACGACUUCCGCACCAAGUACGAGACGGAGCUGAACCUGCGCAUGAGCGUGGAGGCCGACACCAACGGCCUUCGCAGGGUGCUGGACGAGCUGACCCUGGCCAGAGCCGAUCUGGAGAUGCAGAUCGAGAACCUGAAGGAGGAGCUGGCCUACCUGAGAAAGAACCACGAGGACGAAAUGAAUGCCUUGCGAGGCCAAGUGGGUGGGGACGUCAGCGUGGAGAUGGACGCUGCUCCUGGUGUGGACCUGAGCCGCAUCCUGAAUGAGAUGCGUGACCAGUAUGAGAAGAUAGCGGAGAAGAACCGCAAGGAUGCUGAGGACUGGUUCUUCAGCAAGACGGAGGAGCUGAACCGUGAGGUCGCCACCAACACGGAGGCCCUGCAGAACAGCAGGACUGAGAUCACCGAGCUUCGCCGUUCAGUGCAGAACCUGGAGAUUGAGCUGCAGUCCCAGCUCAGCAUGAAAGCAUCCCUGGAAGGCAGCCUUGCGGAGACCGAAGCCCGCUACGGGGCCCAGCUGGCCCAGCUGCAGGGGCUCAUCAGCAGCAUCGAGCAGCAGCUGGGCGAGCUGCGUUGUGACAUGGAGCGUCAGAACCACGAGUACCAGGUGCUCCUGGAUGUGAAGACGCGGCUGGAGCAGGAGAUCGCCACCUACCGCCGCCUGCUGGAGGGCGAGGACGCCCACCUGUCCACCCAGUACUCCUCCUCCCUGGCCUCACAGCCCACCCGGGAAGCUACGGUGACCAGCCGCCAGGUGCGCACCAUCGUGGAGGAAGUCCAGGACGGCAAGGUGGUCUCCUCCCGAGAGAAAGUCCAUCGCUCCACCCACUGAGGUCCCUUUCCACUGGCAACAGCCCAGCCUGGAAGGUCACGGGCCAGCCAUCGCCUCUAGCCCCUAGCACACUACCGCUGCGCCCCGGGCGCCCAUCUGGGCCACUGCCCCACAGCUGUUGACUUUCUGCAUCUGCUUCCUGCAGCCCGUCACUGACGGGGCCUCCUGGGUUUG